AUGCGUCAUGGAAAGGCCGAGCUAUGCGGAAAGGAGGCAAAGUUUCGUAAAUGUUACAUCGCGCUCAAGAUCACUUCACUGCCCUGCAAUAGCGACGGUACAGUGAAAGGACAAUACACACCAAGGACGAAUCAUCACCCUCUCGAUACCACGAUCCCUCGAGUAGGCGACAAUUUCUUCGAAGACGUGCUCACCAGCCCUGUGGAGGAACUCAAUCCGACCAGCGAUCGUGGCGCGAGUGCAUCCGCAUCCAUAUUCGAAGACGGCACUGAUGUUGACAGCAGCCCUGCGCAUCUUGGAGAAGGUGGUUCAAACUACCUCCGGUACACCCGAUCCAUUACACGUAACAAAGGAAAAGCAGCAGCACAGGAGGCUGAGCCAAUUCUGAACACGGCCAGUAAGACUCCAUCGCGUCACGCUGGCAAGAACCCUCCCAUCACACGGAACGCCGAUACAGCCUUGCCCGUCCCUGCACAGCGGAAGCGGAAGCGGCCCAUAGUCACUGAUGAAGACGAUGACUACGUGGAUACUCUAGACGAAGAGACAGUGGUUUCCAAAAGGCCGGCAAAACGACACAUGAAAUCUACUAUCGCAACAUCAACGGUACCGGCUGCGAAGACGAAGCCUGGGCGUCUUAUGAAACCUGCGAUCCAUGCGCCUUCAAAUCCAGCUACGAAGCGGAACACUAGGAGGCUAACGAAGAAGCUACGUCCCGUCUCAAUGAAUGCAGCUACGUUUACUGAGACGUUCCAGUGUCGCAUACAUCAGCUUCUACAGCAGAAACGCACCUGUUUCAUUAUCGAGGAUACCAUUGAAAUCGUCGCAGUAGAACUUGCUGUGCAGGAAGUUCUGACCUCUGUCCGGCAAUCAGCAGAGCGUGCUACAAUGUCUCAAUUCGAGCUUCGCGCUGCAGGCAUCUCGGAUCUGUCUGCGAUAGCGACAGUAUGGACAGCCGCGUUCUUUGACGAUGAGAUCAUCGGAGAGAUCAUGCAUCCGCAUCGCAAAGACUAUCCUGAUGACGUUUAUUGGUUCUUACUCCGCGGGAUCCGAGAACGAUUCUUGGACUGGCGCCAUCAAUUCAUAGUCGUAACAAAUAAUGGAAAGGUGGUCGGGGCAGCAGAUUGGAGGAGGCUUGGGAAAGGCGGAGAGAGCAAAGAGUUGAGCGUACUAGAUCCACGCAAUCUCAUCGCACCCGUCUUGAAGACCUACCACUUCAUAUCCCUGGCGUUGUUCCCUAAUCGUGCCGCCGACCCUACACGCGCCUCGUUCCUCGAUACCGCUGUCGCAAACUCAGAGAAGUACUGGACUGGCCAGCGAACCGAAUGCUGGGAUCUGCAUGUUUGUGGUGUACAUCCAGACUACCAAGGUAAAGGUGUUGGAAAGCUGCUGGCCCGAUGGGGAGUUCUGGAAGCGCAAAAAGAAGGCGAAGAUGUCGUAGCUAGUGUGCUGUGUGGGGAGAAGAACAGAGGCUUCUAUGGCAAGGCUGGGAUGAAUGUGCAGAUGCUUGACAUUCAUUUCGUCAUCACUUUCGCUGCAGGUAUUCUGCUCCAUACUACAGUCUUCUCCAGACAUUUCGAAUGGGAUCGACACGCACCCAACAUCUUGACGUUCGCCUGUGCUACUUUCACAGCUACGUUGGUAACAAUCGCCAUCAGUGAGGAUGUCUCCAUCAAAUUGUCGGUCGCAUUUACCAGCGCGGUUGCUGCAUGCUUUCUCAGUGGCUUCCUCUGUUCUAUGAUCAGCUAUCGAUUGUUCUUACAUCCUCUCAAAUCAUUCCCUGGACCAACAGCUGCUCGCGUAACUAGUCUCUGGGUCAUCAAGCAAAACGUACCAUACCUGAAAUUGUACGUCAAGCUACGCAGUCUCCAUGACCAAUACGGAGACUUCGUGCGUAUACGACCACGCGAACUCUCAAUUUGCCAUCCCGAUGCCAUAAAGGACGUUCAUGGCCCCAGAAACAACAUCAGGAAAGGCGAAUUCUACGAUCAAACUUACCCAUCCCACACCUUGCAAUUUAUGCGUGACUCAGAUCUUCACAAACGGCAACGUCGGUAUUGGGACAAGGCUUUUCACAGCACCGCAUUACAAGGCUAUACGCCACGUCUCACGAGGCACUAUCGCCUUAUGGCCGAUAUACUUUCCCGUCACGCGGCUUCCAGUACACCAAUAGAUGCUAGUGGUGCUUUUCUAGACCUCUUCUUCGACGUGAUAUCCGACCUGACGUUUGGUAAAUCGUUUGAGACGCAAAGUACGAAUAAGCGAAGCCCGAUCGUGACAGGAUUCCUCAGGAAGCAAAAAGCGGUUGGCUUCGCAUUGCUCAGUAUGCCACUGCUCCAUAUCGCCAGGAAACUACGCAUUUCACUAAAAAAGCAGAAGUCUUGGGAAGGUUGGUACGACGAAGCUUUGCAACUGCGCAUGAAGAUGCAUAUCCAUGAGCCGGACAUAUACACAUACUUAUCGCAAUCCGAUGGAUUCCAGAAUAACACCUUGAGUGAGGCGAAGUUGGCCAUCGUUGCUGGUGCUGAUACGAACGCCAUUACAAUGUCUAAUGUCUGCUACCUGAUGUGUCAGCACCCUGGAUAUCAAGCAGAGCUUUACAAAGAGUUGUCAGAUUUGCGGAGCUUAGACGGAAUCAUCGAUGACCAUGACUUGUUAAACAAGCCUUAUCUGACUGGCAUUAUCAACGAAACGUUGAGGCUGCAUCCGCCCGUACCCUCUGGCCUUCAGCGAAUGACGCCUGCAGAAGGUGCGAUUAUCGCAGGUCGUUAUAUACCAGGCCACAUAAACGUAACGACACCAACGUACGCUCUGCAUCGAGAUCCACGCGCGUUUGUCCAGCCCAACGACUUUAUACCUGAACGCUGGUCCUCCCAGCCUAACCUCAUCCUUCGUAGAGACGCGUUCGUGCCCUUUGGCUUUGGAGGAUACAAUUGCGCAGGGAAGCCAUUGGCCAUGAUGCAGCUGCGUAUGGUCGUUGCCAUGAUCUUUAGAAGAUUCACGGUGUCGUCCGCGACUUGUAAGGAGAGUUCAUGCCAGUACUUCAUUGACCAUCAAGCCGACUGUUUCACGCUACACCUCGAACCGCUUCCACUGCUUUUCAGAGAAAACAAUACCAUCUCAAAGGGACAGAACUAG